AUGGAGAAGGCGCAUUUGCGGCCCGAAUCUCCGUCCUGUGAGGAGAACCUAACUAUCCCGUUAGUUGGCCACCUCACAAGCCACGGCGUUUGGUGCCCUGUGAUAGUGUGAAUCGCGUCAGAUCAUACUGAGGGAAAUUCGCUGACAGUCGGCCUCAUUCCCUAUCCUUUCCGGCACAUAAGUCGACUGUACGAACGGGUCAGUCAGCUGAGGCUGACAUUGGGGGAGGUUACUGACAGAGCUAGAAUUAGUCCGUCUGCGCAUGCCACACACAUGACUUGACCCUCUACACAACUCACCAGGAUUUCAGACAAAGGGGAUAGACUGCUCAGAUCUCGCGUGUGGCAGACGAGCCACAUGGAAAAUGAGCCGACGAGCACAGUUAUCACUUACGUGAGAGGUACCUGCGUUAAGCCACAUUGGAGGUGUCGUGUGUGAUACAUGCGCUGACAAGGAAGUGUGCGCCCAUGGUCACCUGUGGAAAUGCAGGCUUUCCGGUCAAAUUUAUUGUCUUGGGGACAUCUACUGUCAUGAACACAUUCAAUCCAGGUUCGACUCCUGGCACACGCAGGCCACCUUUUCAAGGGUGUAGGGAUGUCCAGAUGUGAGUUCACGUAACGGUUGUAGUAGGUUGCUCGCUUGCUUGCAGGUGUUGACUACACCUAGCGUCUCUUUGCUGGCACCAGCUCUCACAUGUGGUUCUGGAAGCUUGGCUCAGCCUAGCGGCCACACCCCAGUAACCGCCUCGACCGUCGGACUAAACGAGGUGAGGGUAUCCCUGUGUACAUCUACGCACACGGUAAUCUUGGCUUCGCUGGCCGGCAUUGGUAUCUCCGUGAUGAGGCUCCAUCUGAAACACAGUAGGAGGCCACAAGGUAAGUGAGCUAAGCGAACGUUGCUGUGCUGCAUUUGCUUUUGUCUAUUCUGCUUUUAUGUGUUUGUCUUUCUGAAAGCUAAAUGCUGUUCUGUUGAAUUUAUCUACUCACCGUUUGUAUUUCAGCAGCCAGUUAACUUAGUGAGGGACGGGAAAGCUCCGCGACUCCUCUCUCUACCCUGCCCCCCAUUCCCCCCUUUAAGCUUACGUCGAUGCCGUAGACAGUCCCAGGCUAACUCAGGUCGCUCUCCCGUUAAACAAAAGUCGUGGCCCAUAGUGGCCUUCGGCAGCCGCCUCGGAUAGCUGAGCAGCCCUAAUUAGCGAGAGCACUGCUUACCCCCGGGAGGGGGAAGGGGAUAGAACAGGUGCCCUAAGCAAAUACUGUGGACCUGCGCUGUCUGCAGGCUCAGCGUGGCCGCGGACGAAAAACUCUAGGUCAAAACAAUCCAACCUGAAACAACACUCAGUCUCUUAUCCCUCCUCCUCCUCCCCUACACCCCAAUCGCCAGACUAGUAGUGCAAAUCCGCUCACUCUAGCAAGACGGACAAGUUGGUUGCCCUUGGUAACUUCAACGCCCUCGCCGGCACAGACAAUGCUGCCUGGAGAGGAGUGCUGGGUCCCCAUGGUCACGAUGGCUUCAACGACAAGGGCCUGCUCCUCCUACGAACCUGCGCAGAACACCGACUCAUCCUGACCAAAACCUACUUCCGUCUCCCGAUGCGAGAGAAGGCCACCUGUAUGCAUCAUCGGUCGCGACACUGGCACCUGCUGGACUAUAUCCUCUUCCGGAUGCGAAACCAGCGGGAUGUACUGGUGACAAAGGCGAUCCCGGGUGCCGACGGGUGGACCGACCAUCGCCUCGUCGUCUCCGAGAUGCGGAUUCAUCUCCACUCACGCAGGAGACCUCAAGGUUAGUGACCCCCAGAUAAGCUGAAUAUUGCCGUUUUGGGUUUGUCUGCUCACUAUCUCUACUUCAGCAAUGAGCUAGCUCAGCGGCUAGCCGACCUUCCAGUCGCUGCCACCGCCGCCGCUGACGAGAACCCCCCCGUGGAGAACCGAUGCUGUCAACUGCAAGACGCGGUCCUGUCGACGGCCCUGGCGGUCCUCGGUCGCGCACGUCGUCAGCACCAAAACUGGUUUGAUGACGGUUCCGCCAUCUGCAACCUGCCCGCGAAAAGAACCGCCUGCACAAAGCCUACGUCAACCGUCUCACCGACCGCAACAAAGCAGCCUUCUGCCGUAGUGGUCGUCUUGUGCAACAGAAGCUGCGGGACAUACAGGACACCUGGAUGGCUCGCAAAGCCGAGGAUAUCCAAGGGUAAGCCGGCCGCAACGAAUGGAAAAAUUUCUUCAACGUCAACCAAAAUCACUGCACCUCUUCUCAGUGCCAAAGGAAGCACCGUACUAACAGAGAAGACAAAUCCUGCAGCGAUGGGCCAAGCGUUUCAUACGCGUCCUCAACAGUCCCUCCAACUCCGAAACCACCAUCGCCCGUCUGCCUCAAGAAAAGACCAACGUCGACGUCUACCUCCAGCCCUCUCCAUGAAACCAUCAGGGCCGUGCAGUAGCUCCCCAGUGGGAAAGCGCCCCCAUCGGACGUGAUCCCUGCUGAGAUCUACAAACACGGUGGCUCUCAACUCACGGAUCAUCUGACUGCACUCUUCCAGGAGAUGUGGCGCCAAGGAAAACUCCUGCAGGAUGUCAAAGACGUCACAAUCGUGCACCUCUACAAGCUGAAAGGGAACCGCCAAAUCUGUGACAACCAUCGAGGCAUUUCCUCGCUGAUCAUUGCCGGGAAGCUCUUCGUUCGCAUCCUUCUCAACCAUCUGAACAACCACCCAGAACAGGGUCGCCUGCCGGAAAGCCAGUGCGGCUUCCGCCGUCACCGUGGGACCACCGACAUGAUCUUCGGUGCCCGACAACUGCAGAAGUGCCAGGAGAUGCGGACCCACCUCUACUCUACUUUCGUCGAUAUGACGAAAGCCUUCGACACGGCGAAUCGUGAAGGACUGUGGAAAGUCAUGUAG